CUCCAACGAGCCGUCGGCCCCGAGAUCACCAAGACCGACCUGGUCGGCGCCUUCCAGAGCCUGAUGAAGGACUGCGAGGCCGAAGUCAGGGCUGCUGCCUCCCACAAGGUCAAAGAGUUCUGCGAAAACCUGUCCCCAGACUGCCGGGAGGCCGUCAUCAUGGGCCAGAUCCUGCCCUGCAUCAAGGAGCUGGUGUCGGACGCCAACCAACACGUCAAAUCGGCGUUGGCUUCCGUCAUCAUGGGACUGUCGCCCAUCCUGGGCAAGGACAACACGGUGGAACAUCUGCUGCCCCUCUUCCUCGCGCAGCUCAAGGACGAGUGCCCCGAGGUGCGUCUCAACAUCAUCUCCAACCUGGAUUGCGUCAACGAGGUGAUCGGCAUCCGGCAGCUCUCCCAGUCCCUGCUGCCCGCCAUCGUCGAGCUGGCCGAGGACGCCAAGUGGCGCGUCCGCCUGGCCAUCAUCGAGUACAUGCCUCUGCUGGCCGGCCAGCUG